AUGAGUAAUGAGAUUGUCCAGCCGACCGAACAGACCCUGAACCGAUCAACGUCAACGGAAGGCACGAAGAGCAAGCCUCCUGCCUUGGAUACCUCUGGGUUUACCAACACGCCGCAGCCUCCAAGCUCCUCGACCCAAACUACUGCGCAAGGCACAACCAGCACCGAAUACUCCGAGACGCCAGUGUUAGCCGAUUCGCAGAACGAGAAAGACUAUCUACGAGUCGCCGACGAGGCACCAGAGGUUCCCAAGAAGAAUCGCGGCCUGCUUCACGUCCCAUCAAGAUCAUCAUCCCAUAAGAUACAACCAUCCCCAACAUCUACGGGGCUUAGCGGAGUGACUGCGACCGAUCCUGAAGAAAGCAUUGGGGGGCGAUCCAAGAGCUCAAAUCGAAGUGGUCGGAGGCGGCAUGGGAGUACGAGCAGUAGCAAAAUGUCAACAACGCAGGAUCCUUCUACUGGUCCAACCGGAAACAACACAUCAAACUCCAAUGCCACGAUUAAUCGCCAACCAAAAAAGAAAAACGGUAUCUUUUCGUUUCUAAGCUGCUGCACGGCACCACAAGACGCAAACACGGUGGAUGCAAGCGGGCCUCUUGCCGCAAAUAAGAUUACGAAGGUACCUUCAGGUCGUCCUACGACAGCAAGCAGACCUGAACAGCCAACUGCAAACCAGCAACACAAUUCUGCGGCGCAAACUGAGACCGAAAAGGAAGCACUUAAAAGGGAAGAGCCCAGGAUAGAAGGCAAUGGGGUCAAGAUUGCCGAACCGGCUAGAGAUGCAUCUGUCGCGCUGCCUAUUCCCGCUGUGAACAGUAACCCGAAUCAAUCAGCGACACGUGAUCAACCAUUGCCAGACCUGCCACAAGAGACGGAGUCUUCAAGAGGGCCAGCAUUGGGAUCAUCGCAUCCAGAACCCACUAAUGAGACUUCUGCCACUGGGAUCGCAGUUCAGCCAGCCAGGCCCCAAAUUACAUCAGAUGCUUCCGGAGAUGAGAAGGACCCAGAAGGAGACGUGAAGAUGGGCGAUUCUGAGCAAGCACAGAAUGAUAAGGAGGAGACAGCUAUUCCUAUCCCAAAAAGAAGCGAAUCUACCAAACAACAACAAGCGCUUCCUCCCCCGCCUCCUGUUCCGCAGCAGCCUCCUUCAAGUGACGAGUCGGCCCCGGAUGCGACGGAACAGAAGCAGCAAUGGCUUCUUCCGCCAAUCGCUCCGAGAUUUCAAGGGAAGAAGUGUCUAGUCCUAGAUCUUGACGAGACAUUAGUGCACAGUAGUUUCAAGAUCCUUCACCAAGCUGAUUUCACAAUUCCUGUCGAGAUCGAAGGUCAAUAUCACAACGUUUAUGUGAUAAAACGACCUGGUGUGGAUCAAUUCAUGAAGCGGGUCGGGGAGCUUUAUGAAGUGGUCGUUUUCACAGCUUCUGUUUCAAAGUAUGGCGAUCCUCUUUUAGAUCAAUUGGAUAUUCACAACGUGGUACACCACCGCCUAUUCAGAGAGAGUUGUUACAACCACCAAGGGAAUUACGUCAAGGAUUUGUCCCAGGUUGGUCGCGAUCUUCGGGAAACUAUCAUCAUCGAUAACUCUCCAACGUCUUAUAUUUUCCAUCCACAACAUGCUGUACCCAUCAGCAGUUGGUUUUCUGAUGCUCACGACAACGAGCUCCUCGACCUAAUUCCAGUCCUCGAAGAUUUAGCCGGCUCGCAGGUCCGAGACUCUUCACCACGCGCUUCUUCCCCCGUAAACUCCCCAGCAGUGGGUUCCUCGAGCGGCCGUCCUUCAUCUCCUACACCACCAGGUGGACCUAAGACUGCGAUCCGAAGACGAGCUGCGGCAGAUCAGAAGGACAAGGUUGCAAAUGCGCGACCAAGCUCUACCAGAGCGGCUGGCGCUGGAGGAAGCAGCAGCACUAUGUUGAAACUCUACACCGACGAGUCUCCAGGAUUGAAGGUUGACCCAGUUGUUGUUCUUGUUCUUUCUAUUGUCUUCAUCUUCAGUGUUGUAGCAUUGCAUAUCAUUGCCAAGGUUACCAGAAAAUUCUCCAGCUAG